UCCGCGGCUUCUUCCCGCUGCCCGUCCGGUCCCUGCCGCGCGGGGAGGCACGCGCAGAGCCUCCCGCCGAGCCGGCCCCGCCCGGCCCAGGAAUAGUUUCCAACUGGACCAAAAUUCCACCACCACUUUUCAAAAAAGUUGUCAUUGUCCUGAUAGAUGCUUUGAGAGAUGAUUUUGUCUUUGGAUCCAAAGGUAAACAGUUCAUGCCUUACACUACACAAGUUAUUGAAAAAGGGACAUCCUACAGUUUCAUUGCUGAAGCAAAGCCACCCACUGUGACUAUGCCUCGAAUUAAGGCUUUGAUGACGGGUAGCAUUCCUGGUUUCAUUGAUGUUGUUGUGAACCUCAACUCUCCAGCUCUAACGAGCGACAAUCUAAUAUGGCAGGCAAAAGCAGCUGGGAAAAGAAUAAUCUUUUAUGGUGAUGAUACUUGGGUAAAAUUGUUUCCAAAGCAUUUUGUGGAAUAUGAUGGAACAACGUCCUUUUUUGUGUCAGAUUUUACAGAGGUUGAUGAUAAUGUUACUAGACAUUUGGAUAGAGUGUUGAAGAGAGAAGACUGGGAUCUCUUAAUAUUACAUUACCUCGGAUUGGACCAUAUUGGACAUGUGACUGGGCCAAACAGCCCACUAGUGGGACCAAAACUUCGUGAAAUGGACAAUGUCUUGAAGAAGAUUCAUAUUUCUCUUCUGUCAAAGGAAGGAGAGGCUUCUCUGCCCAGUUUGCUGGUUGUUUGUGGGGAUCACGGGAUGUCUGAAACAGGCAGUCACGGUGGUUCUUCAGAAGGUGAAGUGCACACACCGCUGCUAUUUAUCAGCUCUGCUUUUGAAAAGAGAAGUGGUCCUCUAACCCAACUUGAACUUGUGCAACAAACUGAUUUGGCUAGUACACUGGCAGUAGGUCUUGGUCUACCAAUUUCAAGAAACAAUGUUGGGAACAUUAUAUUACCAGUUGUGGGAAGCAAGACCAUGAGAGAACAACUACGUUUCUUGCACAUGAAUGGGUUCCAGCUUAGCACACUGUUGCAAGAGAAUACACCUGCCUAUGAAAAAGAUCUUGGAUACGAGCAGUUUAAGAUAGCAGAAAAAUCCCAUGGUAAUUGGAUCAAACUGUACCUAGAGGGGAAUAAUUCAGAAAUACUCUUAAAUCUUGGCAAAAAGGUCCUGAAACAAUACUUGGAGGCCUUGAGGACGUUGAGUUCUUCGCUAAGCAAACAAGUGGCACAAUAUGAUAUGUAUUCAAUGAUGGUGGGGACUGUGAUCAUUAUGGAGGUUUUGCUCCUACUCUUUCUCAGUGUACCAAAAGCUCUGAGCAGUCGGGCAGAAUUUGAAGUGCCCCUCUCCCCUCCGCUCUUCUCUCUGCUGUUUUACUUGAUGUGUCUGAUGCUGUGUGCAGUUCACGUCAUUGUAUGCACAUCAGCAGAAAGUUUAUGCUAUUUCUGCAGUAUGUCCUGGUUAACUGCAGUUGGAGUGAUGAUGCUGAUUUCUGCACUCAUGUGUGGUAUUUUAUCUGCCGUUGGAAAGACUCUUGAGAAUUCCAGACUUCCACUGAAGAGUUUUGUUUCUCUGGCCACUGAAUGCCUGUUAGCUACAUGUAUACUUGAAAUGGACAGUUCUGAGCAUAAGUCUGAACUCUCCGUCUUGGCUGCAGUUUCCCUACUUAUGAUCUUUGUUCUGGUUCAAAGAAGAUGCUCACUGGUUUCAAAAAUUGCUAUGGCACUUGGGCUCCUGGGAGUCUACAGUUACCGGGCAGCCAUUGGAAAUGUCGUAUUUCCAUGGCAACAUGACAGCAAAGAUAUUUCAAAGGGGAUUACUGAAGCUCGUUUUGUUUAUGUCUUUGUUCUUGGAAUAGUCUUCACUGGCACUAAAGAUUUGCUGAAGUCACAGGUUAUUUCUGCAGACUCCCGUAUGAAGAGUACAGGACUAUGGGAAGUGUAUAGUGGAUUAGUUCUACUGUCAGCCCUUCUAUUUAGACCACACAAUUUACCAGUCUUGGUAUUUUGUCUGUUGAUACAGACAAUGAUGACAAAAUACAUCUGGAGACCUUUGAAAUUUGAUGCAGCACAGAUCACCAUAAUGCACUACUGGUUUGGCCAGGCUUUCUUCUAUUUUCAGGGAAAUUCAAAUGGCAUUGCUACUGUGGAUGUUUCAGCAGGGUUUGUGGGACUAGAAAGCUACGUGGAGAUACCAGCAAUCUUCCUUACAGCAUUUGCAACAUAUGCAGGACCUUUGCUUUGGGCCAUUCAUCUUCUGUGCUACUUGAGUUCUGAAGUCAGCAGGAAUUCUGCAGCAGUGGGUCAUGGGUGUUUCUGCUACGCGCUGAUGCGUUCCAUCCCAGUUGCCAUCUACAUCGUUUUGGUAACAGGCCUGCGGUACCACCUGUUCAUAUGGAGCGUCUUCUCGCCAAAGCUGCUUUACGAGGGAGUGCAUGUGUUCAUCACAGCCGGUGUCUGCUUGUUCUUUACAGCCAUGGACCAGAACCACUCUCAGAAGGUGCAAGACUGAAAAUAAGUGUGUAGCACACAGUUCUGUACUGCAAUGCCUUGUGUGUCUCUGGAAUGGAAGAAGGACGACAGUGGUUUCAAAUGGUUGUGCAGAGUGUGAAGAACAGUGUUGUGUAUUUCAGCCAGUUCCACACAGGGCUUGAAGGGCUUGUCCCGUGUUACAGUUUGCUUUAAAAAUGCUGAAUUGAAAUAAACUGUUUCAUCUUAUCGUAGAUAAUUCUGUUCUUUAGCUGUCAUUAUGACGAUGCCUGAAUAACUGAUUUGCAAUUAUCACAUGACAGUCAGUUUUGCUGUAUGCCAAAUAUCGAGUUGUAUUUUUAAUAUGUAACUUGGAAAGAUAUCUAACACUGAUUUUUUUUUUCCCAAUUCUUUAAUGAAUUUGGAGGCUAGAUUUAAAUGAACUUUCUGGAGUUUUAAAGAAAGAUACUCUCUUUGGUAAAAAGAUGAACACUAUGUCUCAUAUUAAGUCAUUCUUGAGCUUCUGGCUUUUUUUCAUCAGUUUUUAUGUCUGGCUCUUUUCACUGACUUGGAAGAUGAAGAAGCAAAAGUUCAUUAAAUGCUGCCUCCCCCCCCCCCCCUCCCCCAAAUCUUGUAGCCUUAUAUAAGGGUUACGCUAACCCUAAAUCAGAAAUCUGUAUCUAUUUGUAAAUGUGAAUGUGGUUUCUUUUUUUCCAAGACACUGACAAUGAGAGAUUUUUGUUUCACUUAUCUAUAUGAUAAACAUGUAUGAAGAAGGCACUAGUAAAGGCAGUGAGUGUAGACAAAAAAAAACCCAAAACACGAAGUGAUUUGAUCAUAGAAACUUGAAAAAAGGCCUAACUGUUCAAUGUUUUUGGUUUAAUUAAAAUAAUUGCAUACACAUAAAUGCAAUUUGAAUUUCAAAAGGUGGUUCUUGAUGUAGGUAUGAAGCAGCUGAUCACAGGCACUGAAAAAAUGUUUUGCACAUGUGAUUUCUUUUUUAGCUUCUUAGACUAUGGCAUCUUAAAAAUAUGCAAGAUGUCUUGUUGCUGUUCAACAGAGCUCAUUAGCCAUAAGUUUUGUUUUGUUCCUUGUGUAUCAAACAUGUAAUUAAAUAAUUCAUACAGAUAUCUCAGGUAAGAGACUUUUUUGCUUUUUUGUUGUUUUUUUUUGUUUGUUUGUUUUGUUACCUAGACAGCAUUUUUAUCAAAGGCAGUAUUUUCUUCUUGAGUGCAGUCAUUAACUGUGAUAGAUUUCCAUCUGCAUUUCUGUACUUCAGGCACUGGAUGAGAAACAGUAAUGGACUGACAAAGUAAUAAAUCUUCUACAGAGUUCAUUUACUGCUAAAA